AUGACAAAGCCAUGUAAAAUACAUAGUUAUAGUGAUGGAGAUGUUAUAUUAACAGUCGAGGAUACAUCAUUUCAGUUACAUAUAAGUAUUUUAUCACUUGCAUCAAAAGUUUUCGAAAAAAUAAUUGGAUUUAGUGUAGAAAGAGAUUUAAGUAGUGGAUUAAGGAAUAACUGUGCAUGUGUUCAAAAAGAAAAUUAG